AUGGAAGGGGUGUCUGCAGCGUGGCUGGCAGAGCUUUUGGACAGGGACGAUGUCAGCAGCGUUGCUUGCGAGGACAUGAGUGGCACCGGCGGUUUCAACUGCCCGAUGACACGCCUGCUUGUAACCUACAACGAUGGUGGCAAGGUUAGCUUGGUGCACAAGCGGCAUGAUGCUGACAAGCGUGACAUGAACAAGCAGCUCGGGCUGGCGAGGGAGGCUCUCUUCUACCAGGCCUUCGCAUCCAACGAGACCUUUCGUUCGAUACUGCCGAAAGUUUGGCAUGCUGAGGGCGACAUGUCCACCGGAGAGAAAACCAUCAUCAUGCAAGAUCUGGGUGAUGCGAUCCAGAGCGGCUACUUCUUCGGGCCCGCGUCUCCUCACAACUGGGACAAGGACCUUCUGCAGAAAACAAGGGGUUUGUCUGCCAAGAUCUCGGCUUUGGACGUGGCAAAGGUCGCUGCCAGAGCAGCAGCGGAGGUGCACGCGUCAUUUUUCCGGGAUAUUCAGCUGGCCAAAGACGGUUUUUCCUGGCUUCGGGGAUCGAGAUGGAUUGCAGGGGAGGGGCAGGCUCUCUGGGAAGCGUACCAGGGGCAAAGCCGAGCCGCGUGGGAGUCCUUGGACUUUGCCAAUUCCGGCGUUGCCUGGGACCCGUUUCUGCGAGAGUGCAUUGAUGCUGCCAUCGGACGCGCCAAGGAGAAAGGUGGAUUUUCGUCGUUUUUGGCUUGGAUGGAGAAAGCACCAUGGAGCCUCGUUCAUGGAGAUUUCCACCCUGCAAACUGCAUGCUACUGGCGCCUGAAGAUCCUGAAGGUGGCCUGCAGGAGUUGAGGUUGAUUCUGCUGGAUUGGGAGAAUGUGGGCGUGGGCUCUGGGCCACAGGAAAUUGCACAGUUCCUCAUAUCGCACAUGGAUCCGGGCCUGCGAGCUACUGUCGAAUCAGAGGUGCUGCAGGAGUACUACCGCUCGCUGAUAUCCCAUAAUCCUCAGAUUGCGGAGGUGAUGAGCUACGAUGAGUGCUGGCGCGAGUAUGUCGCGGGUGGUGCUGGCAAGUGGACCUGGUUUAUGCCUUUACUGGCCACUGGCUGCCCUCCAAAGAUGACCCAGUACUUUCACGACCAACUACUGGCCUUCUUGAAGACUCACAUGCUCACGCCUGAGACGUCGAAGCGCAAGGCGAUUUUCGAGUUACGUUUGGAGCAAGAGCUGGAUCCGUGGGCCGAGGGCCUGUGGACCACGUUAGCCGAGCUGCAGCCGCCUGUGAUGUCAAACGAAGAUGCUGGGGAUGAGCGGUACGAGGUCGAGGAGCUUGGUCAGGCCUUCCAGAACGGCGAUGGGGAUGGAAAUUCGCAGGAUCUUCCAGACGAUGGCUUUUUGGCUGAGGUGGUCGCCAAGCGCAGCUUGUGCAGCGAGAGCCAUGCAUCAGAAGUCCAAGACGUGUGGAACGUCAGACUUCGACUCCCCACAUCAAGGGCUUAUGCUGCAGGAGAUGUGCUUGUAGUGUGGCCCAGAACGGAGCCAAGCCUCGUGCAGCGGUUCGUCGUGGAGACGCUGGAACGGUCUUUGACGGAGUACGUGCGCAUCCGACCCCGGCGUGGCCGCUCCAGCCCCUUUCCUUCGCGACCGCUGAGCCUGCGAGAGCUUUUCAGUCGCUACCUCGAUGUUACUGCCGUUCCCAGCCGCUACUUCUUCCACGUGCUAUCCCUCCACACCCAAGAUGAGCUCCACAAAAAGAAGCUCAGCGAAUUUGCAUCACGCUCUCUGGAAGCAAAGGACGCACUGUAUGAGUACUGCAAGCGUGAGCGCCGGUCGGCUGCUGAGGUCAUGUGGGAUUUCUGGACUGCACGGCCGCCGCUGCGCGCCUUGAUCAGUGCCUUGCCGCUUUUGCGCCCGAGGCGCUACUCCAUUGCAUCCUCCCCCAGGUGGAUCCGACCAUUGCCACUAAGACCAUUUCCGGCCGGAAGACUCGGAGUAUGGCCAUGGCAAGAACAUCUCUGUCCCAGAGAGGAUGGCUUGGGCUCCACCGCUAUCGGGCGAGUCCUGGAAGAGCAGGGUGCCAAAGCUUCGCCUCUGCAGCUUGACCUGUGUGUCGGUAUCGUGAACUCUGUCACAAGGAGCAAUCGCGAAGUCAAGGGGCUGUGUAGCAACUUCUUGAAGGAUGCUGCGGUUGGUGCGCGCGUCCAGUGCAGCCUUGAGGAGGGAAGCUUGAAGCUUCCUCCACCCGAUGUGCCGUUGUUGAUGGUUUGCCCUGGCACGGGGCUAUCGCCUUGCCGAGCAUUGGUGCAGCAGAGGCAUCUUCAGCGCAUGGAGUCAGCAGAUUCUCCAAAGUUGCCUGCCUGGCGCAAGGAUCUGCUAUUCCUCGGAUUCCGGCAUCAAGAAGGCGACUUCUUGUACGGCGAGGAGUGGUCGACAUUCAGCAACUGGCUCUCUGUCCAUGUCGCCUUCUCUCGCGAUCACGAUGAUCGGAAGGUGUAUGUGCAAGACCUCAUCGAAGAGGUCGGCGAGCAUGUUGUUCGCCUUCUCGACGCUGGGGCCAUGGUCUUUGUUUGUGGACGUUCGCACCCAAUGCCCUCACAGGUCUUCGACGCUUUUGUGGAGGUCCUGCAAAAGCAUGCAGGCCUCAGUUUGGAGACUGCGAGCCAGCGCUUGCGGCUGCUUCAGCGCACGCAGCGCUAUAUUUGUGACACCUGGGGUUAG